AUGUGUGUGGGGGAAGUGAGGCCGGCGUGUCUGCGGGCUGUGGGCGGUGCACAGCUUCAGUCUGGCGGCUCGGCUUCAGUCAGUCACUCGGUGCAUGUGGAGGAGAGCGGACGCACCGGGACCCGGGAUCUGUACCUCACACACACGGCCCUACGGCUUGCACACUUUAUCCUCUUCUGUCAACAAGCCGGAGGAUAUGCAUACAGGAACCAACGCAAGUUCUCAGAAGACAUCGACUGGUCGUACGCAGGAACUUUAAAUCAAAACAACUGGGCAAAGAAGUUUCCAUCCUGCAGCAACGCCAAGCAGUCUCCGAUCAACAUCGAGGAGAACCUGGCUCAGGUGAAGCUGCAGUACCAGAAACUGAGGUUUGACGGCUGGGAGAGCCUGACGAGCGAGAGGACGACCAUCAACAACGAUGGCAAGACGGUGGCAGUCAACGUGGAUGGAGAGUUCUACGUCAGCGGAGGAGGUCUCAGGUCAAAGUUUAAAGUCGGACGUAUCACCUUCCACUGGGGGCGCUGCAACGCCUCCUCAGACGGCUCCGAACACAGUCUGGAUGGAGUCAAAUACCCUCUGGAGAUGCAGAUCUACUGUUAUGAGGCGCAUCGCUUUGACUCUUUGGACGAAACCAUCAAGGCCGGAGGCAGAAUCACAGCACUCGCCGUGCUGUUUGAGACGAGCAAUGAAGACAAUGUGAACUACGCUGCCAUCAUAGAAGGGAUCAGCAGCGUGAGCAGAUACGGAAAGAGCGCAGAGGCUUUACCGUUUGCCCCGCAAGGUCUCCUGCCCAACUCCACGGAGAAAUACUUCAUCUACAACGGCUCUCUGACCACGCCGCCCUGCAGCGAGACCGUCGAGUGGAUCGUCUUCAGGAACACGGUGGCCAUCUCUGACGAACAGCUGGAGAUGUUCUGCGAGGUGAUGACGAUGCAGCAGGCCGGAUACGUGAUGCUGAUGGACUACCUGCAGAACAACUACAGGGAGCAGCAGCAGCAGUUCAUGGGUCAGGUGUUCUCCUCCUACACCGGCACCGAGGAGGUCCUCACACCAGUGUGCAGUUCGGAGCCGGAGAACAUCCAGGCGGUGCCCUACAACCUGAGCAGCCUGCUGGUGACGUGGGAGCGGCCGCGGGCCGUGUACGACGCCAGCAUCGAGAAAUACUCUGUCACCUACCGAGUGGCCAACACCGAAGACAAUGUCCCGUCUAUAUACCUGACCGACGGAGACCAGGAUGUGGGAGCGAUACUCGAUUACCUGUUGGCCAACACCAGCUACGUGGUCCAGGUGGUGGCGGUCUGCACCAACGGUCUGUACGGACGUGUAAGCGACCUGCUGACGGUCGCCAUGCCCAUCGACGACCCCGAAAAUGCCCUGGAUCCAGACUCGGAUGAAUUUGACGAUGAGGGCAACUAUGAACCCGAUCUGUCUUGGAAUGAACCAGUCCAAACCGAGGAUUACGAUCGGGCCUGGAUUCCUACAAACUCACCCAGAACCACGACUUCGACCACGACUGGAUCACCUCUUUUACCUUUACCUGGCAUCAGAACGACAACAGCAGAAUCUGUUCGGAGGAAAACCACCUCUGAUUCAGUUUCCCCAGUCAUAUCUACCCAGUAUGGUCAAGUCCUGAGCCAUUCUGAAGAGACUGCACGCCGCAGUACCUCCACGCGUCCGCCAGAAGUCGCCCUACGACCCGAAUCAAAAGGAGACGCUCAAUUCAGUGGCAACUCUCCCCUUUACUCCACAACAACAACCAAGGAAGCCUUCAUUUCCACUCCCACUACUCCUGUAUACCCCAGUGCAAAGACACAUGGCGUUCCUGGAGUCCUAAGUCCAAAAGACUCCUCUGAACGAACAAAAGGCGACGUUAGUGCCACUACUCCUACACUCACCAGUGCAAAGACAAAAGGUGGUAAAAGUAUUUCUUCACACAGCGCCGUGACCACGACACUGAGGUCUCGUACCAGCGACGCGAGCAGCACAACAACAUCGUCGUCCUUCAUCCACGCCGAGACCGCCCGAGGCUUGGCGCGUCCAAUAAGUGAAGACACCACCGCCGAUGGAGAUGUGUCUGCUGGACCCGGAGGUCUUCCAGAGAUCCAAACUUCGACCCCCCAACCUUCCUUCUCUGGCAAAGUUGUUCCACGUAGGCCCACGAGUCCCAGCAUUCCUCAUUUUUCGUCUACCACGACUUCUGUCCGGCUGAGUGGUGUUCUCUUGCUGACCACACAGCCGACGUCCACUGCCGCAGCGUCUGGCGCCAGGGACCCCUGGUUCUCGGCAUCAGACGGGACCCCCGCCCUACCAACCUCUGCCCACCCUUCCUCACCCACAGCCUCCCCCUUCACCCCCACCCCAGAAGGACAGGCGUUAGACAUUAGCAGCAGUGCCUCCGGCUCGGCGCUGUUCCUCGACUCCCAGGAGGGCGUAGAUCAGGAGUGGGACAGGGUUCAAACGUCGGCCUCUGGAGAGAGCGUGUUCACUUAUUCAGCCGACGUCGCUAACACCGUUCCCCCGUCUGCGACCUCUGAAUCCGGCCAGGCCCCCGAUGAUUUGGAGGAACGCACCUCGGCGUUCUAUUUUGAAAGCGAGAGCGGCAGUGCCAGCACCUCGGAGGUUGGAGGCACGGCGGCGCCAACCAUUCCUGCUGUAACCUCGGCUUCACCCUGGUCGCUGGGCGGGGAGGAGGAGAGUGGCUCAGGGCAGGGUGACAGCCUGUACGACAACGAGACGUCCUCUGACUUCAGUAUCUCCGAGCGCACAGAAAGAGAGUCGGAGACAGAGGAGCCAGUCGAAGAUGCCAGUAACAGCAGCCACGAGUCCAGAGUGGGUUCGAUCCGGGACGGGGAGAGGAAGGCUGUGGUUCCUCUGGCCGUCAUCUCCACCCUCACCGUCCUCGGCCUGAUCGUCCUCAUCAGCAUCUUCAUCUACUGGAGGACUUGUUUUCAGACGGCUCACUUCUACAUCGACGAAAGCUCAUCACCCAAAGUCAUCGCUGCACCGUCCACUGCUGCAUUGACAUCUGACGAACAAACAGCUUUUCCAGUGAAGGAGUUUGUCAAACACGUGGCCGAGCUUCACGACACGCUCGGCUUCCAACGAGAGUUUGAGAUACUGAAGGAGAGUUACGAGGAGAUUCAGACGUGCACGGUGGACAUGGGGAUGACGACUGACAGCUCCCACCAUCCUGACAACACAACAAAAAACAGAUACAGCAACAUCCUGGCCUAUGACCACAGCCGGGUGCGACUCACGCCGCAGCCCGACAAAGACGGGAAGACGAGGGAUUACAUCAACGCAAACUACGUGGACGGUUUUAAGAAGCCGCGGUCGUACAUCGCGACUCAGGGUCCUCUGAGGUCGAGCACCGAGGACUUCUGGAGGAUGAUUUGGGAGCAAAAGGUCUGCGUCAUCGUAAUGAUCACCAACCUGAUGGAGAAAGGAAGAAGGAAGUGUGAUCAGUACUGGCCGGCGGACGUGCAGGAGGAGUACGGCAGCUUCCUGGUGACGGUGAAGAGCAGCCGAGUGCUCGCCUACUACACCCAGAGGUCGUUCACUGUCAGGAACACCCACGCCAAAAAGGGCUCCCAGAAGGGGCGGAUCAACGAGCGGACUGUGACUCAGUACCAUUACACCCAGUGGCCCGACAUGGGCGUCCCAGAGUUCGCUCUACCGCUGCUCAGCUUCGUCCGCAAGUCGUCCAAAGCCAUGACGGACGACAUGGGGCCGGUGGUGGUGCACUGCAGCGCCGGCGUGGGCCGGACGGGCACGUACGUGGUCCUGGACAGCAUGCUGAAGCAGAUGCGGGACGAAAGCACCGUCAACAUCACGGGCUUCCUCAAACACAUCCGCACACAGAGGAACUUCCUGGUUCAGACACAGGAACAGUACGUUUUUAUCCACGAUGCCUUGGUGGAAGCCAUCUUGUCCGGAGACACGGAGGUGCUGGCGGCUCACCUGCACAGGUACGUGGACGAGCUGCUGAUCCCGGGGCAUGCUGGGAAGACGCGCCUGGACAAACAGUUUAAGCUGGUUUGUCACUCCGGGGUGAAGCAGUGCGACUAUUCUACAGCACUGCAGGACUGCAACCGCAGCAAGAACAGGAACUGCUCUGUGGUACCCGUUGAGAGGUCGCGAGUGCGCCUGUCUGCGACGGCGGGGGAAACGUCAGACUACAUUAACGCAUCAUACAUCACAGGUUACAGGCAGAGCAGCGAGUUCAUCAUUACCCAGAAUCCUUUGCCUGGCACCAUGAAGGACUUCUGGAAGAUGAUAUGGGACCACAACACCCAGGUCAUCGUGUCGCUGCCGGGGUCAGGCGAGACGGAGGAAGAGGAGGAGGGGGCGGAGCUGUGUGUCGUCUGGCCCCGCAAAGGGCAGCCAAUCAGCUAUGAGAUGUUCACCGUCACUCACAGGAGUGAGAAUCACAUCUGUCUGACCAACGAGGACAUGCUGGUGGUCCAGGACUACGUACUGGAAGCCACGCAGGACGACUACGUUCUGGAGGUGAAACACUACCGCGCCCCCUGCUGGCCGAAUCCAGACAGUCCCAUCAGCAACACCUUCGAGCUCCUUAACCUGGUGAAAGAAGAGAGCGCUGCAAAGGAUGGCCCCACAGUGGUCCACGAUGAUGUGGGUGGAGUCACGGCAGGAACGUUCUGCGCUCUCUUAUCUCUGACUCGUCAGCUGGAGGCCGAAGGUUCGGUCGACGUCUUCCAAGUGGCCAAGCUGACAAACCUGAUGAGACCAGGAGUCUUCAGCAACAUCGAGCAGUACCAGUUCCUGUACAGAGCCAUGCUGAGUCUCAUCAGGACGCAAGAAGACGAGCAAACCCUCCAGUCCUCCGACAACAACGGCACCAUCGUGGUGGGAACCGCCAGCGCCGCAGAGAGCCUUGAAUCCCUGGUGUAAAAUAAAAAAAAAACACAUUUUUUUUACUUUUACAAACAAGCAACAGCAUUUUGUCCUUCCUCUUCAACCACCAACAGAACUUCUCCUGAUGCAACACACUCACGCUACAACUACAUAAAUCCAAACUCCUCAUCGUUCAGGACUGUGUGUGUGUGUGAUAGUUUGAGGCUCGCACGUCCCCGACGAGUUUUUCUUCUCCGCUGGAUCUGGACUCCCUACGGUUUUGUAACGUGUGCCUUUUUGUAUUUGUUUUCAUCCUGUACUUCUAACUUUGAUACGAGCUGUAGACUAACUGUCCGAUGUUUUAACGCUGUACUGCCAUGAGACGUUUUACUCAACUAACUUUUCCUAAACCUUUGUAUUUAUUGGCACUGAGCCAAAUGGGGGAAAAAAAGGGAAAAAAACCUGCAUCUUUUUACAUCAAAUGAGAUAUUUUGUUAGCUUGUCUUUUUAUAGAGCUCCUGCACUGAACUCCUUUCUGUAAAUACCAUCGCAACGGUAGCAGCAGUGUGCUAUUCAAGUCAAAUAUAAAAUAAGGGCCUGGAAUAUUAAAAAAAAUAAUAAUCUAAUGUAUAUAAUAUUAUAGUAAUCAACUCGAUGGACCAAAUUUCUAUUUAUACUUUUAGAUGAUUUUUAUAUUUUACCAUUUUUAGUGCAUUCAAAUGUUAUGGUUUAAUUCUAAUUGCGUAGUUGGAGAACAUUAAUGCUUUUAUAUUCUGGAUUUUGUAACAGACUAAAUGUGAUGCAUGGGGUACUGACAUGUUUGUUUUUUAGCUGGACAUGAAACUCUGCUGGAUUAUUAGAUAGGGGAUUAAAUAAGUGAAAGAACACCCAAGAAA